AUGAAGAGAAAGUAUGCGGAAGGAGGAAGAGGAGAGAGUGCAGCCAUUGACGAAGAAGAGGAGAAGAUCAAUACCUUCUUCACUUUGGUUAGGAACAUCCGGGACACGCAUAAUCAGUCGUUAAUGCGUGAAUCAGAGGAGAAAGGUAAAGGAAAAGGAAAAGAAAAAGAAAAAGAAAGAGAAAUGAAAUCAACUUGGACCCCAUCAUUCAAAUGGGAAGAUUUUGAGGAGGAUGUGCAAUUGAGAAACAAUUUUGUAAUGCCUCCUAGUUCUUCCAAGAAGGAAGAACAUUGCAAGACUGAAGAACAAGAAGAAUUGGAUCUCAACCUUUCACUUUGA